UUGACCAAUGACGUCAGGAUGUACCUUCUGUUGACAGCAAAGACCGGAAGUGUCGCUAGCAGCCAUCUGGUUCUCAGCCCCUCGGCCCUAUCUCAGGACAGCAUUAAUCUUUCUGUUUUUAGGAAUAUGUCAAGUACUAAUAGGAUAGUAAAUGAUACGGAGGUACGUCAUCGUGAUGUCUUAUGCGGGACGCGAGAUCGAAGCGGGUGUCAUUGCCAGCGCGAGCGUGCCGUUAGACCCACACACAGCGAACAGAAUGACCUAAGGGGAAGAGAAAGACCACAUGAAGCCUCUGCAGCAGGGCCACGGGCAGCAGAAGGACCUGUGCCAGAGGCUCCAUUGGUGGACGACUGUGAAAAGAUGGGCACUCUGUUCGGGGAGCUCAAUAAGUGUCUGAGGGGUAUUGGUUUCACACAGCUUUACUUUGGAGAGAAGAUUGUAGAGCCUGUGGUCGUGCUGGUCUUUUGGUUGCUGCUCUGGUUUCUUGGUAUCCAAGCCCUCGGCCUUGUGGGAACUCUAUGCAUCGUUAUCAUUUAUAUUCAGAAAUAACAGAUGUUAAGUGACGGACAGACGGUGCAUUGAAGGUGCAUUUGCCACUCACAGCCUGUGCCAGUGAAAGAGAGGAGAGACUUCUUUCUACAAAAACUGAGCUUUGUGAAUGUCAUUUGAACGUAUUACCCAAACCUUAUACUUGGAUCUGUGCCGUUUGCCUUCUUUUUAAGUGGGUAUGUUCAAGAGGGUAAGUUAUUAAAGAUAAUCAGAGGAUCUACUUAAUCUACAGGAAUGAUUCCUCCAGUCUGAGUGCAGGUGUGAACUGUGCAUUAUCUAUGAUGGGUAUUUGUGAAAAGCAUGCUUCCCUUAAAUAUUUGCAUAAACAAAAUGGGUGCAUAUUGAUAUGCUGACUAUUAUUAGUUUUAAAUUAAAGUUCAGGAUAAAGAGCAUAAAUAUAACCGGAUUCUCAUGACAGUUGUACAUGGCAGUUACAUGGUCAUUAAAAUGACCAUAGUACUGCUGUUGAAUGUAUUACUCUUAUUUGCCCAGGUGUCAGUCCUGCAUUCUCUGCAAUUGCACUAGAGGGCAAUCAUCUUCCCCUUAACAUGUCCUGGGAAAUAUACCAGGAAAUAAUAAUCCUUCUGUUAAUUUGAAUGUGUUAUUACUACUGCAUGUGAAAUGUUCUGAUGCUGCCUGGGAUAUUUUUGUGUUUCCUCUGACAGUAUGAAUUAAAUCAGAGGAAGACUCCGUAUUAAAGCCAAAUCUCUCGUAAGAAAAGACCUACGUUAUGCACUGUAUAAUCCUAUUGGGUAUUCUUAUUAGUUGAAUUCAGUUUAAUCUGCUAAUGUUCAUUUAAAAAAAUCAUGUUACAAUAUCUGUAUCAAUGAAAUCAAAGGAUAAUUUCAUAACUGUAAAAUAUUUAGUAUGCAAGUUUUGCAAAAAUAUAAUAUUUUGUAUGACCCAUAUUCAGGAACAGAUGAAUGCCAGUUUUUAUUGCACCUACUGUGUGUGUUUCAUACAUUUUAAGAUUAUUGAAUGAACUCUAACUUUUUAAGCAAAGCUAAGCUGCUCUUUAUUUAACUGUGAAUAUCUUUGCAAGAUGACAUAAUUUCAUAUUCCUGAAAAUCAUUUAUGAAUAUAAUUAUUUUUGGUACUGAUUUUAAAAAUAAAAUUUUGGUUGUUAUAUAAUAUUACAAUUCAUAAUUGCUGAUACAAUGCCAACACUUUGCUUUUAUCUAUCUGAUUAUUUUCAGUGUUAAACAGCAUCUUCUGUGCCAUAAUUUCUUUUCACCCACGUAUCAUUUACUGUAUGCCACAAUGCUGUAUUUUUGGAUGGUGGUGGGUUGUGAUGAAUACUUUGAUUAAUCAAAUGGAAAUAAUUGGGUUUUAUAUUUCACAUCUUUCUGCAAUGUAAGGGAGCUUCAAAACUGGGCUAUCAUAAUAAAAUUAUCAUGGUUUAAAAU